GUGUUUGCUUUUCAGCAUCAUGUGAUUCCAUACUGACCCAAACUCAGAAAUCAAACAUAAAAAGCAUAAAAACAACACCCAUGUAUGCAGCUUUGAAAAUGUCGGCUACUCAAAAGAUGCUUUUAUUGGUAUGUGUCGGAGUCUCACUGGCACACGAUUUAAUUACACCAGAACAGUUAAAGAACAUUGAGGCAAGACUAAAAGCUACAGAGGAAACAGUGAAAGAACUAAAGAGAGAGAAUGAAGCUUUAAGGAUAUUGGCGAAAGGCUCAAGUGAUAAACUUGAAUCUAUUGAAGCAGAAAAUAAAGCCAAAAAGGUUGCCUUUUCAGCUGGACUUUUGGCAUCCGGAUCACAACAAACUGGACCCUUUAAUACUCGACAGACUCUGGUUUACAAAAAAAUCUUCGCUAAUUUUGGAAAUGCUUAUGACUCCAGCACUGGUAUUUUCACAGCACCAGUGAAUGGGGUCUAUUUCUUCAGAUUUUAUGCUCAUGCUCAUCCAACUAAUCAAAUGGCUGUCAGUCUCCAUAAAAAUAAUCAGAUACAAUGCUCAGUGUUUUCUCUGCGUCAUGAGAGCAAUGCUAAUGGCAGCAAUGGUGUCGUUCUCUCACUGGACAGGGGCGAUCAAUUGUUCACACAGCUGUGGGAGAAAAGCUGGGUUUAUGAUGAUGAUUACAGCUACACCAGUUUCAGCGGCUUUCUGCUUUUCCAGUUGUAAUUGUCUACUGAAUCCAAGAUUUAAUAAGACAAAACAAUAUUUAUGUUACUAUUCUCAUAUUGACGAUAUUUUGAGAUGUUUAUCUCAAUAGACACCCAACAUUUGCUAUCUGUGGUCGUUUAUUCACCAAGUUUGUUUCUUCAGAUGUGAUUAUUUUUCCAUUGCAAAAGAUUAU